AUGCAAACUGGAAAAUGGUCGUACCUGCCGUCGGUUAUAUUCUCGGGGGAGAAGGAGAACUCGUGGCUUCUCGUCGGGAGAAGGAUAUGCCCUGCACUGCCGUCGGGAGUGAAGAUAUGCGAUGCACUGCCGUCGGGAGAAGGAUGGAGGCGCUUUGCCUAUUUUUACCAGCAAACCCUAGGAAAUACCGAUUGGCAACGGGCGGCGUUCAUCGGGGACAUCAUCAUGCUGUCAGCUUUCCGAGUUCGAUUUUUGUCUUCUUCUUCAUCUUUCACCGUCACUAAGCACUGGAAAAACCUCGCCCCUUCUUCUCCUUAUUCUUCUUCGACCUUCACUCGCUGCUUAUCUUCGUUCCCCCUAAAUUCCGACGGCAUCGAGAAGAAGAAGAAAGAGCUCCUGAGUUUGGAGGAAGUUCAGAAAAUUCUCAACGACGUCUUAGCUGAUGACGUGAAAGUUAUUCCAGCUCCCAGUGGGUGUGAAUUCACCGAUUACAUGGUCGUCGCCACCGGCCGAUCUCCAUGGCACGUGCGCAACAUUUGUGAAGCCCUCGUUUACAAGGUUAAGGAGAAGCAGAAAGGAGCAAAGAGAAUGAUACUACCCGCUGUCGUUGGUCGAGAAGGAGGGAAAUGGGCUGUCAUAGACUCUGGUACUCUGAUUGUUCAUGCUGUCGAUGAGAAGGCAAGAGCUUAUUACAACUUUGAGGGACUUUGGAGCUCAGACACACCAGACAAUGAAAAUACUCAGGAUUUGGAAAAUGCAUUUGUCAAGGUCCGCCGGAAGAAUAACUCCAAGAAACCUUCACAAGCACGUGCUUAA